UCAGGGCGCAGCGGCCGGGUAUGGCGGCCUCAGCUUCCUGGUGAUUGCAGCAGCCGGGAAGAGGAGGGGGGGAGGCGGCUGCGGCGCUUCCCGGUGUGUGCCCGGUGGAGGAGAGGAGCGAGAAUGGCAGACUUUGAUGAGAUUUAUGAAGAGGAGGAAGAAGAUGAAGAGCGGGCCCUGGAGGAGCAGCUUCUCAAGUAUUCCCCUGACCCGGUGGUGGUCCGAGGAUGCGGGCACGUCACAGUAUUUGGUCUUAGCAACAAAUUUGAAGCAGAGUUUCCAUCCUCUUUAACUGGCAAGGUAGCCCCAGAGGAAUUUAAAUCCAGCAUUAACAGAGUCAACAGUUGUCUUAAGAAGAACCUUCCAAUUAAUGUCCGCUGGCUGCUGUGUGGAUGUCUUUGUUGUUGUUGCACAUUAGGGUGCAGCAUGUGGCCAGUUGUGUGUCUUAGUAAAAGAACACGAAGAUCGAUUGAGAAGUUAUUGGAAUGGGAAAACAAUAGGUUAUACCACAAGCUGUGCUUGCACUGGAGACUAAGCAAAAGGAAAUGUGAAACCAAUAACAUGAUGGAAUAUGUCAUCCUAAUAGAAUUUUUACCAAAGACACCAAUUUUUCGACCAGAUUAG